AUGGCUAGCGCCGCUUCCUCUUCGGCAGCAAUUCUGUCUACCAUGAAGCAUGUUACGACAAACAAAUGGGACAAGGCGGAGGCUCGGUUGGCGGAAAUCAAGGGUUAUGUGCAUGACGCGGAAAUGAGACUAGCAGACAAGUCUGGCAGUCUUGGUUCCGAUCAGCACGAUCUCGAAGCAGACGUGGCCAGACUGCUCACGGCAGUCCGGAAGACCUAUGCUGGAGCGCCCAGCAUAGAUGUCAGCACCCGCGCUGGCCUCAGAGCCAAAGGUGGCAGCAUGAGAUAUGGCAAGGCCCAUGAGUCGAUUGAAAGUCGGUUGAACACUAUUGAGCGGAUGCUGUCCAACGCCAAAUUCUCAUCGGGGUUCUCUACAUCCGCCGCCUCGUCGUGGCGCGAGGAGCUGCUUGCUUAUCUGCGCCAGUCCCAACGCCGAAUGGAAUACACCAUACUAUUUGGGAAACUCACAAAUGAAUGGGCCGGCUUUCGAUUCAGCGAGCUUUCAGACUCUAUUACAUCCACACAGCAGAGCACGAGCAAUUCAGACGCCGCCUCGGAAGAUGAGGGCUCCGUUUCCGUCGGGCGCAAGGAAAUGCAUGAGCAGAGGCAAGUCUGGGAAGGCUUGGUCACCAAUCUUCGAACGAGUGACCAGGAUAAAAUUGUCGAGUUUCUAGACGAUCUGUUUCAUUCCGGUCCGCGUCACAAAAAAGACGGCAGCUCUGUCGAAGAGCUGGCAGACUUGCGCCCUGCCCUCCUAGGGAAAAUGCGCGGCUCUAUAUUUCGCGGCGCCAAGGACCCGAUCGUGGUCAACGUGGCCGUCGUCAAGGCCGCUAUCAAGGCGAUCCUCGGCGCCGAUCAACUUACCAGCGAGAAACGCCGCGCUAUGAUCGACCUCAGCAACAGAGAAGAUGUUCUAAGCGAGAUUGCCGACAUCUUGAAAAUUGACUUGAAGCUGGCGGCAAUUGAGCGGUGGUCCUGGGGCGACAGUUCGAUCAAAGCGCAGAUGCGCAAGGCGAUCAAUGGAAAGUACCGCGUGUAUAUGGAUAUUGAGCUGCUCGACUCUAUCUUGAUCCACUGUGUCGGACAGUCCGUUUCGGUGCACAUACACAAUGCACUGAAGAAGGCUUGGCUUCCGACAGUUUCCUCGAUAUGGACGGCCAGGGAAGACGCCAAUCGCACCGCCGCAAUUUCGUCGCACAUUCCUGACUUUACGAACAACAACACCUUGAACUCUACCAGAGUGCUACGAAACGAAAUAUACAAAAAGAUAUUCUUUUCUCCGCGACUGCCAAAGGGCAUGACCGAUGAGAACAGCGGAGUUGGGCGCUACGAUGAUGAUGGCUCGGAUGCCGCCGAGGAUAAAGUCCAGAAAAAUCUGACAGAUCUUCAAGAAGGUCCACCCAACGUUGUCAACCUCAAAACUGACAUUCUCCGUGUUUGUUCUGCCGAAAUGAGCGUGCAAAAGAUUGUCCACGGACAGUUUUGCUUACUGCAGAGCGACUUUGAGUGGUUUGGGCCCUCGCUCCCGCAUUCAACUCUCACCACGAUAAUGGAGUAUUUCCACUUCCCUAAGGAACUCGUGCAAUUCACAAAAUCGUUUCUCGAUAUGCACAUACAGUUCCAGGAGGAUGGCAAGGAUGGAGCAGUGCUGACCCGCAAGACUGGCAUUCCAGUGUCAUUUCAGCUCACUGACGGUAUCUCGGAGCUGCUGCUAUUUGUACUGGACUUUGCAGUGAACCAGAGCACCAACGGAGCGCACCUCUACCGAAACCACGAUGAUUUGUGGUUCUGGGGCCAACCAUCCCAGUGCGUGACCGCGUGGGAAACGAUCCGUCAAUUCACCCAGAUAAUGGGCCUGCAGCUGAACAAUGAGAAAACCGCGUUCGCCCACGCCGUUGACGAGUCCAAUCCCCGAUACAAGCCUGCCUCGGAGCUUGACCUGGCCCGUCUCCCUGCAGGGAAAGUGAAAUGGGGCUUCCUACAGUUUGAUGAGAAGCAGUGGAAGUGGACAGCGAACAAAGCAGCGAUUGAGGAUCACAUGGAUGAGUUGCGAUUCCAACUAAAGACGCGCACAUCGGUCAUGUCACAUGUGCAAGCCUACAAUGCUUACAUGAAAAACUUUCUGCCCAACAAUUUCGGCCCUGUGAUUGUUGGACUGGGCGAUGACCACCCCAUCAUGGUAUUGGAGGCGUUACAGCACGCGCAACGGUAUCUCUACCGCAGCGACAGCGGCGAGGGGUCAUCUGGGACUGUAGCCCAUCAUGUGCGCAAGGCAAUCAAAGAGCGCUUUGGUGACGAUGUCAAGGACCAAGUUCCAGACUGUUUCCUGUACAUGGGUGUCGAAUAUGGCGGUCUCGGCUUGGCGAAUCCAGCGCCUGCUUUCGCGCAGUUUAUUCAGCUGCCCAAGAGCGACCUAGCAGACGAUCAAAAGGAUCUGCCUCCUAUGAAGCAUGCUCUGAAGGAACUGAGCUCGGCCAUUUCAGAGGAUUACCGCCUUGCGAGCAAAAGCUUUGUGAGUCGGCUCAACAACAAGAAGCACAAGCACAGGAUGGGCUCUCGACAAUUUGAAGCCACGGAUUCAGAUUCGAGCGAGGAUAGUGAUUUGACGGAAUUUGCCCGCAAAGUUGACGGGGCGCCGAAGUUUAUGAGCUUCAGCACGUACAUGGGCACGACUGAGCAGCAAAGCUGCGCCAUGAGACACUUUUACGAAACGCUACUGGAGGAGCCAGUCGCGGAUUGGUCCGUGUCAAACAAGACGUGGGCUGCGAAAAUGUUUGAUGGCGAGCUGGAGGGGCUGUUUGGCGGAUACAUGGCUGAGGAGGAGUUCUUGUCGCUAGGAUUGUACAGGACGCUGGCUGAGGAAAAGGUUCGCUGGAGCGGCUAA